CACAGUUAGCAUGUUUGGAUGUGUCCGUGUCCUGUUGGAGAAGAAACGUCUGAGAAAAGAGUUCACAGUUGACUUUUCUCAUCAUUAUUCGACUCUCGGGUGUUUUUAAAAUGUCCGGGUUUCAGGGUCUUUCAGGCGCAGGCCCCCUGACAGAUCUGGCAGCCUGGACACAUCUGGUACCUACACCGGAUCGAAUCGGACCGAACCGAAUGGAAUCGGUUUGGACCCAACCGAAUCAUUCUGAAUCUUUUUCCAGUGGAGGUCCAUGAGCUUUCAGUGAGUAAAGAAGAGGUUUCCUCUGGACAGGAGAGGAGCUCUAGUCCAAACCAAAUUACCGAGUCUCCACACCUUAAAGAGGAACCAGAGGAACAGUGGAUAAGUCAGGAGGGAGAGGAGUAUCGCUGGAAUGCUGACAUGAUCGAGUUGACUUUGGUUCCUGUCCCUGUGAAGAUUGAAGAGGAUGAAGAGAAACCUCAGUCCUCAGACAUUCAUCAGAGACAGUCUGAACAGGUGGAAGCAGGAGCUGCUGGGUCCAAUGUUUCAGAGAGAGAUUUACAACAAGAGACUGAGGUUAAGAGUGAGGACUCCUCUGGGGCUGAGACUGACAACAGUGUUGAUUGGAAAGAGACAUCUAGACGUCAGUCUACUUCAGUCUCAUUGGAAAACAUCAAAAGUAAGAGAAAAAAGACUGAUAGGAUAUCACAUCCCUGCUCUGACUCUGUUAAAACAGGAGAGAACCCCUUAAACUGUGUUGUGUGUGGGAAAAAUUUUAACAACAAAAAAGAUCUGUCCAGACACUUGUUAGUUCACACUAAACCAAAGCUCUUCAGCUGCUCUGAGUGUGGUAAAAAUUUUGGAAAUAGAUGUCAUUUGAGUCAACAUGAGAGAAUUCAUACAGGAGAGAAACCAUUUGAGUGCUCAGUGUGUGGUAAAAGAUUUAGACUUAAAAAUGGUUUGGCUGAACACAUGAGAAUUCAUACAGGAGAGAAACCAUUUGACUGCUCAGUGUGUGGUAAAAAAUUUACCCUUCAACAGCAUAUGAAGAAGCAUAUGAGAACACACACUGGAGAAAAACCCUUCAGUUGCUCUGAGUGUGGUCAGACAUUUAGCUGCAAAGGAAGUCUGACCGUACACAUGUUAGUUCACACUAAACAGAAACUCUUCAGCUGCUCUGAGUGUGGUAAAGCAUUUGCCUAUAAAACUUAUUUGACCAAACACAGGAUGAUUCAUACAGGAGAGAAACCCUUUGAGUGCUCAGAGUGUGGGAAAAAAUUUAUCUGUAAAAGCAGUAUGACCAAACACAAGAGAAUUCAUUCAGGAGUGAAACCCCUUGAUGGCUCACAGUGUGGUACGGGAGUUACCGAUACACAAAGUUUAACUGGCAAUAUGAGAACACACUCUGGAGACAAAAUCUUCAGGUGCUUUGAAUGUGGUAGAACAUUUGCCCAGGAAAGUUAUUUAACCAGACACAGAAGGAUUCAUGCAGGAAAAAAAGUCCUUGACUGCUCAGAGUGUGGUAAAACAUUUUCCUUGAAAUGUAAUUUGAUUAGACACAAGAGAAUCCAUACAGGAGUGAAGCCCUUCGACUGCUCAGUGUGUGGUAAAAGAUUCACUUAUAAACAAACUUUGACAUGGCACAUGAAAACACACUCUGGACACAAACUCUUCAGCUGCUUAGACUGUGGUCAAACAUUUACCCGACAAGGUUCUCUGAGCAGACAUGUAUUACUUCACACUAAAGAGAAACUCUUCAGCUGCUCUGAAUGUGGUAAAACAUUUCCCUUGAAAAGUUAUUUGACUAGGCACAAGAUGAUUCAUACAGGAAAGAAACCCUUUGACUGCUCAGAUUGUGGUAAAAUGUUUGCCCUUAGGUGUAACUUGACCAGACACAGGAGAACCCAUACAGGAGAGAAACCCUAUCUUUGCUCAGUGUGUGGUAAAAGCUUCGUCAAAAACCAAAAUUUGACAUUUCACAUGAGAACACACUCAGGACACAAACCCUUCAGCUGCUCUGAGUGUGGCCAAAGAUUUGCCCAUCAAACCUCUGUGACCAAACACAUGUCAGUUCACACUAAACAGAAACUCUUCAGCUGCUCUGAGUGUGGUAAAACAUUUGCCCAUAAAAGUUAUUUGACCAAGCACAGGAGAAGUCAUUCAGGUGAGAAGCCCUAUAAAUGCUCAGUCUGUGGUAAAAAUUUUACUGCUAAAAGUACAUUAACCCAACACAGGAGGACUCAUACAGGAGAGAGACCCUUUGGAUGCUCGGUGUGUGGUAAAAAAUUUGCCUUUAAACACCAUAUGAAGGAACAUAUGAAAAUUCACUCUGGAGACAAACCCUUCAGCUGUUCUGAGUGCAGUCAAAGUUUUUACACAAAAGUUACCUUGAAAAGGCAUAUGGUAGUCCAUGUCACACAUAAACCCUUUGAAUGCUCAGACUGUGGCAAAAGAUUUAGUUUUGAAACUUAUUUGACUGCUCACAAGAGAAUUCAUACAGGAGAGCAGCCCUUUUUGUGCUCCAAGUGUGGUAAACAAUUUAACCGAAAAAAUUCUCUGACCAAACAUAUGUUAGUUCACCAUCAGCAGCAAAGAGAAACUCUUUAGCUGCUCUUACUCUGUUGAAGGAUUCCCUGAAAUGACAUAUUUUGCUUCAGAACCAUUCAGCUGCACUAUUGACCAAAGAUUUUCUUGGCUAUAUAAGUUGAUGAUUUAUGAGUGCAAUCACCGUCAGGUGUCACAAUCAAAGUGAGGAGAAAAUAAAGUCAAAAACAGCAGUUGUACAACUGGAGAGUGAGGUCAGGACAAAUGACUAUAAAGAUCCUAAGAUCAAAUACUGUGAUUGUUAGAAGACAAGAAAACAUCAUUUGUUUUUAAACUCUGAUAUUUUGGAUAUUCUUGGUGAAAUGAGAUGCAACUGUGUUGAGAUACCACUCUUAGUCUUACAGAGAGAAACCUUAUUAGUAAUUCAAUGGUAAAAGUUUGACAAAAAAGAGAAAAGACUUUGAUGCUCAGAGUUUUAAAAGACACCCCCUCUCCACAAACCUUGAGACUGAUUCUGGGUGUGUUGUUGACAUCAGUGUUAAUUUUGGCAGCUAUUUUUAGUCUUCAAAUGAAAUACAUUUUAGUUUUAGUCCCAUUUUAGUCAUUUCUACCCUUUUAAGUUUUAGUCUUGUUUUAAUCGACGAAAACUCAA